AUGGCAUCGAUGCGGUCUCUACUCUUCUGCCUCUGCUUCGCGCUGGCGGCAGCACAGAUGGCAACGAACAGCCGCCAGCGUGGGCUCGGGAUCCAGGACCUGCCCGUCUGUGGGGUAAAUAUCACCGCCCUCUACGGCAUCGGCUGGGGCCAGCUGCGCAAGGAGCAGGAGAAGGGCGGCGGCGGCGGUGGCCUUCCUGGAUGGGGCCCACCCCAGGGACAGGGAGGUGGAGGUGGCCGGCUGGGCGCCGCCAUGGCGCGGGUGUCGCGCCCGGGCAGCGCCAUCCUGUCGCGGGGCUCGCGGGCCGCGCGCACCGUCGGCGACUCGAUCGGCAGCGUCGUGUACCGCGCGCGGCCGGCGCGCGGAGCCAGGCGGGGGUACCGGCAGGUCCAGUGGGACAGCCGGGGUGGCGGCGGCGGCGGCGUCACGUACCCAGCCGACACGUACCGCCACCCGGCCUUUGAGGACGCCGGCGAGGCCAGCGACGCCGCCGCGGGCCCGCCGUCGCGGCCCGAGAGCGGCAGUGGUGGUGGUGGUGGCGGUGGCAACAGGCAGUCGUCGUUCGAGGUGCGCACGCAGCCGCGCUCCCACGUCAACUACCACCUGCCGCGGAGGCCGGCACGCAGGGAGCCGGGCGGCGCGGUUACGGAUAUCGGGCUGCCGUCCCCGCGCAGGAAGUCCUUCAGGCCGUCGGCGGGGCGCCGGGAGCUUGUCACGAUCUAA